AAAAAAAAAAAAAAGGUUGUACACCCAGAAAAAGAAAGAAAGAAAGAAAAAAUUUUGGAAUUUUCUUGACAGCCAAACAAACACACAUAUAAUUUUCUGUCAAUCGCUCGCUCUGUGGUAGUGAUUGAGCGAGUGAGUGAGUGAGUGAUAAUCAAUUGUUUCAUGGGUUUUAAGGGGCAGAUUGCAGAGGCAUUGCAUGGGCUAAAACCAGCUAUUUUUAUGGUAAUAGUUCAGAUUGCAUUCGCUGGAGUCAAUAUCUUCUACAAAUUGGCAGCAAAUGACGGUAUGAGUUUGAGGAUCAUUGUUGCAUAUCGCUUCAUUUUUGCAACUGCUUUCAUUCUUCCCCUUGCUCUUUUUCUUGAAAGGAAGAUGAGGCCAAAACCGAGUUGGAAGGUAGUGUUUCAGUCAUUUCUAUGUGGAUUAUUUGGGGGAUCAAUGGCACAAAAUUUAUACUUGGAGAGCUUAUCGUUAACAUCUGUAACAUUUGCUUCGGCCAUGAGCAACCUUGUUCCUGCCAUAACGUUUAUAUUGGCCGUCUCCUUCAGAUUGGAGAAGGCCAAUUUGGGAAAAAUGUCAGGGAAGGUGAAAGUGAUAGGGUCAUCAAUGGGAAUAGGUGGAGCAAUGCUGUUGACUUUAUAUAAAGGUGUGGAAAUAAACAUUUGGAACACACAUGUUAACCUUUUGCAUCCAAAUUCCCACAAUUCUGCUGCUUCAAACCAUUCUCACUCUGCUGAUCGCAUCAUUGGUGCCCUUAUGGCCAUUGGCAGUUGUUUUUCUUAUGCUAUCUGGCUCAUCGUUCAGGCCAAAGUGACUGAGAUAUAUCCAUACUAUUAUUCAAGCACAGCUUUGAUGUCAUCAAUGGGAGCAAUUCAAGCUACAGUUUUCGCACUAGCCAUGGAUAGGGAUUGGAAUGGGUGGAGACUCGGCUGGAACAUUAGGCUUCUCACAGUCGCCUACUCGGGGAUUGUGGCUUCUGGCUUAAUGGUGACACUCAUGGCAUGGUGCGUACACAUGAGAGGACCACUGUUCGUGUCUGUUUUUAACCCUCUCCUGCUGGUGCUCGUAGCUAUUGCUAGCUCUUUGGUGUUGAAUGAAAAUCUACAUCUUGGAAGCAUACUAGCCGCAGGAUUCAUUGUGCUUGGAUUAUAUUUAGUGCUAUGGGGAAAAAGCAAAGAGAUGAAGAAGAAAAAUCAGCUUGCACCCUCAGAGAACUUAGAUGAACCUGAUUCAAUUAGCAUUGUUAUAACAACACCACCAACUGACAAUAAUAAACACCAUGCCAAAAAGGACAACAAUGACUCUACUAACGACGAUAACAAUAACAAGAACGACAACAACAUCCAUAGCAACGACGACCAUAACAACAUUAGCAGGAACAUAACAGAUGAUCAAACUACACAAAAUUAAGGGAGAUGAAGAUCAUAUAUAUAUGCAUAAGGAAGAAUGAAUAAUGUUUACGGCUAAGUACUAUACGUGUAUAGUAGUAGUUAGUUUCAAUGUUGAUUUGUUGUAAAAAAAUUUAUAAAAAAAAAAAAAAAUUAAAAAAUAGGUAAAAUUAUGUAGGAAGACUUCCCAUUCCAAUUGCCUAAAAUAUUUAGGCUUUUUUGGUAGUGUUAAGAAAGAGGAAGACGUUUUUUUAA